ACCUGAGUUGGAUUGGCUAAACAUUAAGGUUUAGUUAAGCACAUUUCUUAGCUCUUACAGGGAUAAAAAUGUAAUUUUACAUUUAUUUUAGGGGUCGGGUUGGACUUGUAUUUAACUACGACUCGACACGAACCGUACGUAAUAUGUUGGGUUGUGUAUUGGACUCCGAUGAGCCUUCGCUCUUCAUCUCUUCCCUUCUCUUUCUCCCAUCCGCCUGUCGCCUCAUCUCGGCCUUCUCCUCCUCCGUUCGCGAGACAACCAAUCCUCUCCUUCCCGUCUUCGAUCCCCAUUCCCCUCAGUACCUCCUCCAGGAGUCCUCCCCGGGCGGCAUGGCGGCGGCCUGUCUACGUCUACCCCGACCCGAUCCCCGAAUUCGCCAAAGCUGAGACUCGGAAGUUCGAGGAUGACCUUCGGAGGAAGCUUCUCAAGAGUAAGGAAAUCUUCGGCGACGACGUGGAUACCGUAGUGGAACUCUGUAGGGAGAUAUUCAGCAACUUCUUACACAAGGAGUAUGGAGGCCCUGGGACAUUGUUGGUGGAACCUUUCACUGAGAUGUUGCUUGCACUAAAGGAGAAGAAACUUCCUGGGGCUCCUGUAGCGGCAAGGGCAGCUCUCUUGUGGGCACAAAACUAUGUCGAUCAGGACUGGGAGAUCUGGACUUUCCAGCAAUCUCAGUAACCAUCGCACAUUCAGGUGACCUUGACAAUGCCAGUGUAAUCUUUGACUAGUUUCUAGAACAUAGCAAUUUUAAGAAUUAAAAGUAUUGAAUCAA